AUGAUAUACGACCGAUUACUACCCAUCCUUGAGACGGCUGCAUCUUCUGAAAAAGCAGUCGAUGUUCACGAGCUUAAUUCAGCACUAACUAUGGACUUUGUCUCGGCUUACUUGUAUGGACUUCAAAACGCAACCAAUCUGCUCCAAGAUGUCGCAUAUCGAAAAUAUCUUUUGCACAAUUACCAAUGCAGGAAGCCUUUCGAGUUCUACUACCAAGAGGUGCCGGGCCUUGUAACUCUCAGCCAAGCCAUUGGAAUACCCAUCAUCCCACAAUGGUGCCGUGACGCCACUAAGGUGAUGGAUGACUGGAACAUGGAUCUGUGUGACAAGGCGGAGAAGUCACUUACUUCCACCGACCCUCGAAUUGAACCCACGGUCUAUAAGCAGAUGAAAAUAUCGAUAAUGAAGCAAAUGAACCUUGGAAAGGAAGAUAUGGCAUCGAAUUCGCAGAAAUUGAAAAAACAAAAAAUAGACAUUGCUUGCGAAACAUAUGAUCAACUCACAGCAGGACAUGAGACCAGCGCUGUAGGGCUUACCUAUCUUUACUGGGAGCUCUCCAAGCACCCCAACAUUCAGGAAGACUUACGUAAAGAGCUACAAACUCUCUCGAUCAAGAUCAACAGGGCUCCUACAUCAGACGCUGUCAAGCAGCUGCCAGCAUCCAAAGAGAUCGACGCCUUGCCGCUCCUACAAGCGGUCAUCAUGGAAACCCUUCGACUUCACGCGCCGAUCCCGGGCAUACAACCCCGGGUAACGCCGGCGCCAUCCUCAACACUCGUCGGAUACCAUAACAUACCACCGAACGUGAGGGUUAAUGCACAAGCAUAUUCCCUUCAUCGUAAUCCAGAUGUAUUCCCAGAGCCUGAGUCAUGGCAACCACAUCGAUGGCUCAAGGAGAACAAUUCCCCGGAAAUGGAGGAGAUGCGAAGAUGGUUCUGGGCUUUUGGCAGCGGAGGAAGAAUGUGCGUUGGCAGCAAUUUUGCUAUUCAAGAGAUGAAACUCGUAACAACGGCGAUAUACAGCAACUAUAGAACUACAAUCGUGGACGACGAAGGCAUUGAGGCCAUUGAUGCGUAUACGGUAAAGCCGACCAGUGACAGACUGAUUCUUAGUUUUGAGCGCAUUUGA